ACGUUGCGCAAUAUCCGCAAGCGUUGGUGCAGUACAGUCGGGGCUGGCGUAACUGGCUAGCUAGCUGAUCCCUUGAAAUGGACGUGUUCCUAAUGAUCAGGCGUCACAAGACGACAAUCUUCACAGACGCCAAGGAAUGCACCACCGUGUAUGAGCUGAAGCGUAUUGUUGAAGGAAUACUUAAAAGAACUCCUGAGGACCAGCGGCUCUACAAAGAUGAUCAGUUACUAGAGGACAGUAAAACUCUGGGAGACUGUGGAUUCACCAACCAGACUGCCAGACCUCAAGCACCAGCUACAGUUGGUCUGGCCUUCCGUGUAAAUGAUGAGAUGUUUGAGCAGCUGCACAUCGAGGCCUUCUCCAGCCCCCCCGAACUCCCCGACGUGAUGAAGCCUCAGGACUCCGGUAGCACUGCCAACGAGCAAGCGGUGCAGUGAUGGCGACGCCGGCAAGGACGGAAUCGGCUGUGUGUGGAUUAACUGGAGUGAAGAAGUAAUUUAAUUUAAUGAAUGCGGACAUUAUAGGGGUAACCGAGCCUGCCCACGUUACCUUCACGCCAUCACAUCAGCGUCCCGCCUCCGCCUCCCUCUACUCCUCCUCACUUUCGCCAAAUUACUUCUCAAUGUCUUUCUUUUUAUCUCCGGUAUCCACGCCAUGUGCAGCCCUGCUCCUUGAAUUUACCCGAAAGCACCAACCGUCACGAAAUUUGGAGCGAGAAUGUUGUUGGCUUGGAAAGUGUGAGUGUAUGUAAGCGUGCGUCUUUGAGUUGACUAUAAUUAUUAUCAUUAGCAUUUUUGGAAAGGCGUAGUUGUGUGUCGCAGUGCGCUAGAUGUAAAAACCACUCGGGUAAGAAUCCAGUAUUUGAAUCUGCAUGAACAACUUUGAAGCUAAGGUUGCAGACCGACCGCUGAGACGUUUACUUGGUCGGACACUCACUGCUAUUUACUCCACAUCACCAAUUUGACACAUCUAGAAACAACGGUUUGUUUAAUCAGUAUGUGUGAAUCGUCAGUCAGUUGUGUUUCAUGCACUGAGACCAAAGGCGAUGAUGCGUUUGGUCAAAGCACAUUUGGUCUGUGACAUUCGCAAACACCGAAUGAGAACUUUGUUCUUUAAUUUUUAUUUUUUAUAUAUGCUUUCAUCAUGUCACCAACGUUAUUAUGGCAUCUCCUAACCCCCGGCACACAAACACAGCUUGUAACUGUAAGCUCGAUUAAUUAAAAAGUUUUUCCUGUUUUGUUUUUU